CCCACCAUGCAACACUAGUGUUUGUUGUCUGUGAAAAUUUUGUAAACAUUAAACAAUUUUUUUACGAUUGUUUGAAUACAUGUGCACCUCGUGCAAAUAAAGGCUUAAUUUCAAAUUUUCAACAGCUAUUUAAACAUGAAUUAGGUAGAUUAAGCUAUAGAAAAUGUCUGGUUACUUGGAAGUGAAGUAUCCGUUUAAAUCGAACAUCGGAUUGAACCCUUUCAAGUCGUGGAAGAGACAAUGGUGUAUUCUGAGACCCGGGCCUAGCGCGGGCGGCGGGUCUUUGGCUGUUUACUGCAGCGAGGCAGGUGCUUCGGCGGGGAUUGUUGAACUUCGAUCGGGAUGUGUUGUCAAACGUGCAAAGUCGCGAACUAGGCCUCAUGCCUUCGCGGUGUUUUCCAUCGAAGAACCCUGCAAACCGAAAAUCCUGCUCGCGGCCCAAACGCUCCAAGAAGCCCAGCAGUGGAUGGAUAAGAUUCGAGAAUUAUUAAGUGGACAGAAGCUUUUAGGCACCGAAACAUUGCUUAAAGAUUCGUAUUCAGUGACGAUUAUACCUACGGAGCUGUCACAAAAAUGUGGCAUAUCCGGAGACAGCAACCUCACCCUGUCAUCCACCGGACUGACAGUGUCGCCCCUGCUGGCCAGCGCUGUCCUGAUUCGAUGGCGGAACGUCACUGAUGUCCUCCAGGAGAGGGAGAAUGGGGACAAAAAUAAAACUUGUAUACUCAGUGUUGAUAGCGGCUUCCACGGCGGCGGUGAGAUGAGGCUGGCCACGGCACUGAACAGUGAUCUCGCGGCGGCCAUCAAACUCGCCUUGAAGGAGAGCGUUCGCGGCGUACAGCGUAGUCGCAGCCAUCCCGAACUGAACACCAGCUGCGAUGUCACAGGCGAGUUGAGACGCAGCAGCUGGUACAGUGGACCCUCAGAAGUGUCAUUGGAUGACACAGAUCUCAUUAUGUCAAAGGAGUCCCAGCGCAUGCCGAGCGGACAACUGUCACGUUGUAGCGGCGGCCUGCUGCGAGCCUCGCUGACGUCACUGGAUGACAGCAUGUGCGACCGUCGCUCGCUCGUUUCCGUCUCGUCGGGCGUGUACGAGGAGAUCUCGGAGGAGCCUCGGCCGCGCGCGCUCGAGGAGCCCACGUACGAGUCCGUGGCAGACUGCAUCUACGCCACCAUGCGCCGCUCGGGCAAGCGACACCCGCCGCCGCCACUGCCACCCCGCCACCCCUACCACACAAUGAAGCUCGGCGAGUCGUGGAGCUGUCGUAUGGGUGGCGGCGCAGGCGACGCGGGUGUCACCCGCCACUCCUCCCUCGGCUCGCUGCAUCACAAGCCCGCGCGGCCCGCCAAGCCGUUUAGUGUGUUCAGAAAAAGACUGAAAAGCGACUCACGCAUCGCAACAUCACCGAACACCAACAAGAACAAAGACGUGGAGACAAAGAAGAAGAAGUUCGACUUCACCCCCACCCGGGACAUCUUCAAGAGCUUCAAAGUCAGCAGGAAAAUGAAGAAUCUCAAAAUCAACUCCGGCCUCUCGAAAGGCGAGACGAAAAGCUGCGAAUUCCUCGACGAGACACAACACGUGACGAGCAAUCGCUGCUCGAAAUCUGUUGAAUGUUUGGAAGGGAACGGGUACGACGAAUUCGACGGUAACAUAUCCUUAGAAGUCACAGAAGACCAGAAAGUGGAUUUCGUACCGCAAGAGCUGUUCCAACUAAUUCUGUGCCCGGACCUCAGCAAAGUGCGCUUAAAAGAUAACCAGUGCUUGCAGGAACCUUGCGAGUGCGAGAACGACUACCUGCCCAUGUCGCCCAUAGUACCGCCGCCCAUGGAACACCACUACAUGGUGAUGUCUCCGAGAACCCAUCUGGCCUGAACUUCUAGUCUUGGCAGCGUCAGGCCGUUUCCUUAUUUAUCGGUGCAGAGUUAUGCGGCUAUGGAAACAGAAUAGGUUCUAUCUACACAUAACUUUAUAAUAUUAAUCAUGGAAUUCCACAUUGAAACGCUGCUUCUGUAAAAUUAAAUGACUUAUCGUCUUAAAAUGGCGACUUAUCUAAAGUACAGAAAAUAUUUAAAAUGUAUUCAGCGAUCGAAAAAAUUAAUCGAAUUUAGUACCUAUUCGCUAUAGUGUGUGGUAGAUAUCACCGCCGCGCCGCGUCUCUUGCACUCGCUGUAGGGUGCUUCUUAAUACACCUAGUUUGUAUUUAUUUUUAUUAUUUAUUGAAUUUUUUUUCCAAACUCGCACUGGACUCGUAAACUGGGAAUAAAUAAUUUAGCCGUUAUACAAAAAAUUGGUUACCAGAAAGAAAUCGACGACUGACAUACAUACAGGGUUUUUUAGAAAGUAACCUAAAAAUAUAAAUUGACAACCCUAAGUACUUGACAUGACUUAUCGCAUUUACACUUGUGUGUGUGUGUAUAUGAACGUGUGUAAUGUGAUGAUAUUAUGGUUGUCAUUGCGUAAAGAUAUUGCCCUAAAAGUAAGUCAGGGAUAAGCUGUUAUGGUACACAAGUCAUUACUAUGAAUUUCUAAUUUACCUUUUGUAACCGUUUAUUGUAAUAAUAACAAUCUGUAAUGAUGGAAAUAAUGUACUACGUCAUUGAAAUCACGCGAUCUUUGCCAGACACACAAAAAUGUCCAUCUUAAACUUCGAACGAUCUUUUUAUGGGCAUACCAACGAAGCGUCGAUAAAUCAGGAGACGGUCUCGAACUGCACCCGGUUUGUGAUAUUUUGAUGGUUAGAUUAGAUCGAGUAGGUUAAUGCUAGCGGAAAUUGACUUGGCUGUCGUCAGAAAGGUGGUCUCUUUUAUAAAUAAACUUCCUUUGCCGGAAGUGAUUGGCUCAACUAACAACAUUUAGUUCAGUUGUUAAGUCCUUAUCACGUUAGAUUUUUUUUCGCUGCUAAAUGCUUACUGCUUCGUAAUAAGGUGGAGCCUGCGAUCCUGAAGACGAGGACCCCGAUGUACGACUUCUGACGUGAUCCAUCCGAUCUGUGGUCACGGGGGCGUUAGGACUUAAACCCCAGUCCAAAAACCCACUCACAAUUUUGAAUCUAAGCUCGGCUUAAUAUCCUGCACAGCUAGCAUUUUUAUCCCUUGGGAAUGUACAAAAUUGUAUCUCCUGCUACAGUUUUAUCAACUCUCAGCCUAUUUCGAACGUGUGGAAAUAAUUUCCAAAUAAUAAGCUUCUUUUAAUAGGCAUGAUGACAGUAACAAAGAAUCGCCAAAAUAUUGCGUUUAUCUAAUGAUAUGUGAUUAAUGUAUUAUGCAAAACGUAUUUAUAUUUAUAUCACUAAGCGAGAUUGGUAUUUAUUUCCAGUAAAUAAACCUGCAAAAUUUAGCGAUCUGCAAUGACAGGUGAAAAACUGAAUUCAAAAAUGUGACGUCACGUCUAUAUAAACAUAAUCUGGUACCGCUUUAGCUUCGAAAAUCUCUCAAGUAUGUUAUCAAUACCAAAAUCAAUAAUCUUUAGCUAUGGAAUAAGGACUUAUUA